AUUGCAUUGAAUUUGAAUUCAAGUUAUGCACCAAAUGAAGUUGAAAUUUCUAGAACGGAAUACAUCCACGUCAAUGUUAAAGUUCGCGUCGCCUGACUUUCUUUCAAUCAUUCGUUGUUUGAGAAACUUGACACGCUAGCUUGGCUUAGCUGUACAGCAUGCUAGCUUUAAGAUUUACAUAUACUCAAAAGAGAGCCAGAGUAUUAAAUACCUAACUUGGUAGAGAAAUAAUUGUUACGAUUGACAAGCAGCCAAGUCAACAUCUGGGCGCUGCAUGCAACAAACAGCACAGCCUUCGGAUCUGGACAGAUCUAGACGCUACUAUCCUUCCUCCUUCAUCACCCAUGCUAUAUGUAUCUUCAACAAUAUCAUCUCGAUAUUCUUAAUCCGGCCUAGUGCGCUCUUUGUAUCCCUACGUCAGACAAUGGUCCUCGACCGUACCCUUCCAGAUUCUAUUCGAAUUUGAAGAACAUAUAUGUAACGGUGAGAAUCUGAGUAGGACAGUCUGUUUAUCUUAUAUUUCCUUUGAGCCUUGUCCUAGUCGCACGUGUUGUGAGGUACCUCGAGCCAUCGCGCCAGUCCCCUAUUUCUUUUUAUUAUUUUGGUUUCUUUAAGCCCAGUACGACGUACCGAACAAGCCGAGACUCCAAACCGUUUAUACCGAUACUGCCUUCGCAACCUAUCAUGGACGCCCAACCGUCGUUCGGAACUGCCACUGGCAGCGAUUAUUUCCAGCGACCCCAGUCACAACCUGGAUCGCAACCUGCGCCGAGUCAGAAUGAAUCAAAGAAACAUCUUCGAAUGUGUUGGAUCUGCCAUGACGAAGUAGAACCGACGUAUGAAGAGACGGGUUUCUUAGACGGCCUUCGUAAUCGACGGCCAAAAAGGCAUUAUGUUUCCGAGGAUGGAGGCCGCCUCAUCAAUCCGUGCCUCUGUAAAGGCAGCGUUAAAUACGUCCACGAAGAUUGCUUGAAACUCUGGAUGAACGAAAACCCCAACGCUUGGAAGUGUGGUCGAUGUCAUUAUCAGUAUAGGAUGGAGCGGUUUACGUGGGCCCAACGGCUCCGCAGCCCACUCGUAGCUCUCGGGCUCACCAUCCUUAUCCUCCUCGUUACGAUAUUUCUACUUGGGUUUGUAGCCGACCCUCUUCUCAACUUGUGGCUUGAUCCUGUUGGUACCAUAACAGAGUCGGUCACGACAGGUCACAUUAGUUUAGAUGACGAUAUUGAUCUACUAUCCGAGGAAUCGGGUUGGUUCGGUCACUUCAUAAAAGGACUUUUCUCGCUGGGCUUGCUUGGAUUCGUCAAGGCGUUCCUUGUUAUGAGUCCGUGGCAAUGGUGGAACUUGCGGACUAGUGGCAUCAUAGGUGGAGGUGGAGGUCGUCGUGCUGGAACUGGGCGUGAGCGCAUGGAAAGUAUCAACUUGGCUCUCGUCGUCAUUGGUGUCUUCACAUUCUUAUAUACGGUGUGGAAAGCUACACGAAAGUGGACCGAGAGGACUCUCGAUAGGGCGAGCCAGAGGAUCCUAAAUGUCCAGCGCGAUAAUGAUGAUAAUAGCGCUGACGAUAGCGAUGACGAAGAUUAGUCUAGAUAGGAAGAGCUAUAAACAAUAUCUUGACUCUUAUUCGUGUGCGAUGUAUAUAAAUUGUGAAGUAACUUUGCUAUCUUACCCCUAGCCAAGGGGGUGGAUCAGACAUACCUAGAGACAUAUCCUCCUAACCAGCAUAAGACAUGGCCUCCU